ACAUAUACACCUCGUCAGCCUGCCGGUCGUUGCUACUUAGAGGGUGUACCAACUUCCGGGCAGGCAUCUGCAUCCAAAGGGCGCUCGAUUCUCUAGCUAGCUAGGAUCUAGCAACACAAACCCGUCUGUCCAUAUAUUAUGGGUUGGUAACAAUUAAUUAGACUGAAGAAGAUCAUCUAACGAGGAUGGACGCAAAGAAACCAUACAUGCUGGCUAUUACUACAGUAGCAAUCUACACCGGCAUGUACGUGGUCUCAAAGGCUGCCUUCAACCAGGGAAUGAACAGCUUCGUCUUCGUCUUCUACCGCCAGGCUGCUGCAUCGCUUCUCCUCCUGCCCAUCGCACUUGUUCUAGAAAGUGCUUAUUAUAUAUUACCGAAUUCGUUCCUCCCAAUCAUCCGGCGCGGCCAGGAAAAAUGUGCGAUCCAUGUCCUCUGGGUUGAUCCUGAAGUUGUUCUUGCUUGCCCUAAUCUGGAACACGUUAGGCAUGAAUCUGUGCAAUGCAAGUGUGACGCUCACGUCAGCAACCGUGGCGUCGGCAACAGGAAACUCUACUCCCGUUAUCACCUUCUGCCUGGCACUGCUACUGAGGAUGGAGGUGGUGAAGUUAAGGAGCGUCUCUGGCAUAGCCAAGGUCACCGGCGUAGCACUGUGCCUGGCCGGAGCGUUGGUCAUCGCCCUGUACACGGGGCCGUCGCUCAGCCCAGUCAACCGCCAUCACCGUGCCUCUGGCGGCGCCCAUGGCUUCAAAGCUCCAACCCGUGGGGGGACAUGGGUUACAGGCACGUUCCUGAUGCUUCUGUCCAACGUCACAUGGUCCCUGUGGACGGUUCUGCAGGGCGCGCUGCUAAAGGAAUACCCCAACAAGCUCCUCGUCACGACCUCCCAGUGCUUGUUCAGCACCGCGCAGUCGUUCGUCGUCGCAGCGGUGGCCGAGAGGGACUUCUCGAAAUGGGCGCUCAAGCUUGACGUCAGCUUGAUCGCUGUUGCUUACACCGGGUUUCUCGUAACUGGCGUAUCCUACUACCUGCAAGCUUGGUGUGUGCAGAUAAAAGGACCUGUCUUCCUUGCUGUCUGGAACCCACUCUGCUUUGUGCUAACCAUAUUCUGUUCCUCCUUCUUCCUCGGCGAGAAUGUUCACCUCGGCAGCAUUGUGGGUGGAAUCCUCUUGGUCUGUGGCCUUUAUAGCGUGUUAUGGGGUAAAACCUUGGAGGUUCAUCAGACUGUGGAAUCUGGUGAUAAUACGGUCGGUGAAGUGCAAAAUGGACAAGAAGAGAAGAAUCAUCAACAGAAGGUGCUGGAGAAGGGACGCCAAGAGGAAGCAUCAAUGACAGCACCCGGUGUAGUGUGAUCGAUUGCUUGAUUCCAUAAAGCUAGCAAUCUAUGGUUCAUUUAUGUCAUGUCUGUGGUUCUUGUACAAAUUGCCUGUGAGUCACAAUAAUUGUUUCAAGAUCUUUAAAUUGUUACAUGUUUUAAAGGCCAAAAUAAAUAAAAUUUAGGUGAUAGGCAAAAGUAGGAUGAUUUUUCCAACUA